GCGGACAAGUUGUGAAGUGUUUCUCGAUCUUGAAUCAAUACAGUCACGGCAUGGCUUACGGUUUCAAACUUCUAGUUUUGUUUUGUUUCAUUUCAUUUCUGUAUGGUGUUGGAAUAUUCCUUUUCACUCGCGGUUUUCUUUUAAAUCGGCUGGUCAUCAAUGACCUGAGUGACUGUUCAGAAGCUCCCGAAGUCAUUCUGUUGUCGUCUGAUCAAGAACUGUCGAAUGCACGGAAAUCUGAAGGCUGUUGGAUGAAGAAGACGCACGAAAAAGCUGUGAUACUAAUAAUUGAUGCUCUACGCUAUGAUUUUGCACUGUACAACUCAAGCCUGGACGAUGACAAUGCGUUGCCUUACCAGAAUAAAUUAAAAGUCAUCCAUGAAGUGUUAGCGAGCUCUCCUCAACAUGGAGCUCUGUUCAAAUUUGUGGCUGAUCCACCAACCACCACUAUGCAGCGAUUAAAGGCGCUCACUACUGGAAGUUUACCUACUUUUGUGGAUGCAGGAAGUAAUUUUGCCAGUUCAAAUAUCACAGAAGACAACAUCAUCUCACAGCUGAUAUCUCUAGAGAAGAACAUAACUUUCAUGGGGGAUGACACUUGGGGUAGUCUAUUCCCUGACUCAUUUCACAAGUCCUUUCCAUUCCCAUCAUUUAAUGUCAUGGAUCUUCAUACUGUGGACAAUGGUGUAAUUGAACACUUGGUUCCAGAAUUAAAGGAAAAUGACUGGGAUGUUCUCAUUGGUCACUUUCUCGGAGUUGAUCAUUGUGGGCACAAGUUUGGUCCCAAUCAUCCUGAAAUGGCAGCUAAACUCACACAGAUGGAUUCUGUCCUGAGGUCUGUAAUGGAGACUCUUGAUGACAAAACAGUAUUGUUUGUGAUGGGUGACCAUGGUAUGACCCGUACUGGUGACCAUGGUGGUGACAGUGAUGAUGAGGUGGAUGCAGCCCUUUUUGUUUAUUCAACCAAACCUAUAUUGACAUGUAACAUGAAAAAGGAGAAAACUGCAACUGUUUCCCAGAUAGACUUGGUCCCAACUCUCUCCCUGCUGUUAGGUAUACCCAUUCCAUUUGGAAACCUGGGUACUAUUAUACCUGAGCUGUUCUGCCAUGGAAGUACCUCAGGCAUUCACUCUCACCAAGCAAACAGUGAAAAUGAUAUAAUUGCACAGCAAGUGCUGGAAUUGCUUCAAAGAAACACAGCUUUUGAACUGAAUGCCAAGCAAGUCCACAAGUAUCUCACAAAGUAUGCCUCGAUCUCGGGAGAUAUUCCUAGUGGCAAGUUAGAGGAGCUUGGGAAGAUUUUACAAAAUGCAACUGCACUGGUCUCUGAAGCUAAAGAUUUGGUUUACAGCCUUGAGGGACAUGGGGAAAUGCUCAGAAAAGCCUCUGGAGAAGAACUGAAGCAUCUCAGUGUUAUAUUAUCUUCUGCCGAAAAAUUUCAUAGUGACUAUUUGUCUGGUGCGAAAGUUCUCUGUCGGUCGAUGUGGGCGAAGUUUGAUCUGAACUCUAUAUUUGCGGGUAUCUCUGUGAUUUUUGUGGCUGUCGCUUUAGUUGUUUUAGCCCUUCUUAAUUUCAGUGAAAACCGAUUGUCUCUGCUGGUUUUAGUCCCGCUGAUAGGCUUCAUUAUUGCAUCUGCAGCGACAUCCUGUGACUUUAAUGUCAUUAUCGUAAUACCACUAUAUAUAGCAUGCGCACUGCUGUUGGCAAUGUUUGUUUUUCUUCAAAAGAUGGUUCUGAAAUACACCCAAGUAACAGCGAGUGGUUUUUUAAAAAAAAUGUCAUUAGACAACAUUUUUGCCGCAGUGUUAUGUUUACUUCAGUGCUGGGCUUCAUUGUCAAACAGUUUUGUGGUGAACGAGGACAAGCUGAUUGCCUUUUUCAUUCAGUCUUUAAUUGGAGUGAAAUGUGUUCAAGCCAUAUGGAAAGUUUAUCCCAUCAAUAACAGGAAUCUCGUUCUAAGACAUCAUUUAAGGAGAUUUUCCAAAAAGGACAAAAAGAGCGAUAUAUCUGGAUUCUUCCUCAGAUUGUUUAUAGCGUGGAUAGCAUUUGAUAUUGUCAACAGAACUGCCAUAAUGUUACGAGCUUGUCGAGAGGAGCAGUGGUCUUGUGUGCCAACAGAUUUCCUUAAACCUCAGUCGACCUCCGCGGACAAGACCAACUUGGAAAGCAAUCGAUUUAUUUUGACCAUUUUAUGCACUGGUAUAAUUCCUUUUUCACUUCGCCAGUGGCUUCGUUAUCAUGGAAAUUUAAAUGGCACAACGUUUAUUGUUCUUAGUGUGAGGUAUACUGUUCCCUUGGCUUUCAUCUUCAUGUGCGCUCACUGGAUGCUGCAGAUCGUUCCACAGAAGAUGGCCACUGUCUUUCCAGAGAUGCAGGUGUGGCAACAAAUAAUCUUUCCGCAGAUUGUCUACUCUAUGUGUAUGGCAACAAUUGCAUGCGUUUUGUACUCACCCCUAUAUAUCUACACUGUCUUUAAAAACGGAAGGAACUCUCUCAACGAAGGAGUGAAAUCCUUGCAAGAGACUGGUGAUAAUUCCAGAAUUAUCCAUGCUCUGGUCCGUGAAGUGAGACAGAAUUGGAAGAGAUUGGAUGGAAAGAAAGUCUUGGCGGGAGAACAGUGUGAGGACGAUACAAACACGCCCAUGGUGUAUGGUCUUGGAACCGUUUUUUCGUCGGCAAUACUGGUUCUAUUUGUUUCCGUUGGAUUGCCUUUAAUGAUGUUGUUGGGCAACGGAAUGGCUUUGUCUAUUUCUCUGAUCUUUUUCCACAUCUUUUUGCUGUUGGAGAUUCACGGAUUGAGCCAUGAUGCAGAACCUGGCGAUAGUGCUCGUGGAAACUCCGACACCUCAUUCAGCGUGGUAGUACUGUGGUAUUUCAUGUCGUCAUAUUACUUCUAUUGCACUGGUCACCAGGCCACCAUUCCGUCCAUCCGCUUUGAAGCUGCUUUUGUUGGCUUCCCAGGAGACAUGGGAAAUAUUGUGAUACCAGGUCUCCUUAUACUGCUGAAUACUUUCUCUGGUCCAGUCCUUUUCGCCUUGGGUCUUCCACUCCUUCUCUUUUGGCCUCAAAUACAAAACAGGCUCCUAGGAACUCGCAGCAAAAAUAGCCCUCAAUCAAGCAAAGGAGAGUUUGAUUGGAUUGAAAGUCCUGAACUGUUAAGAACUCGGAUGUUUCGGCUCUUAGUCACUUACCAGACUCUCCACGGCCUCAAGCUCCUGGCUACUUGUUGUUCUGCUGCGGUCCACCGCCGUCAUCUUAUGGUGUGGAAGAUUUUUGCGCCUCGAUUUGUGUUUGAAGGUGUCUCGUUCCUUUUAAUCACGGUGGUGUUGUGCUUCAGUUAUCUUGUGGUUCUCAGAAUUGAUCAGUCUUUGCGAAGCUGGUUCAAGAAUCUUGAGGAGUCUCUUGAAUGGAAGACGAAGAAAAUUUAACUUCAUAACCUAACCCCAGCAAUCACUGGAACCAAGCAUUUUUUGACUUGCCUUUCCGAACAGAAACCUGUGGAUCAGUGAAUAAUGAAUAAAGUAAACAAAUAUUUAAUUGAUACAUUUGAGAAAAUUUUCGCCAGAAAUAAAAUUUUGGUCGCUAGAAAAGGGAAAGAAGGACUUUUUGUGCAAUACUGUAAAAGACUUACGACAAAUGUCUUUAUCACUUGAACUCUUGACCAUGAACACUAAGGCACGGGUCACCAAAUGUUUUUCUUUUUCUACUUGAUAUGACGAACAAAAUAAUGGCAGUCUGGAACACUGGCGUGUUUUUUUUAGUAU